AUGGCACAAGACCUCGCAACACCCCUUAACUUUGAAAGUUAUGCUGUCGAGGAUAUAUUCGCGGAUAUAUAUAACAAGGAACCAACUCACUCAUAUACAAACUUUGUAGUCGAUAAUAGAGGCCUCUGGCUCUGCCCUAAAUGCCACUGGCAAAGUCAUUCUCCGCAGGAGUGGGCCUUCUGGGAACGUGGCUACAGGAGAAUUGACAAGAAUUAUAACCACGAUAUUCACAAGAGUUAUGGUUCAGACCAUGCCAAGAUGCUGUACUUCGCGAACCCAGCCGCCGUCGUUCAGUGCCAAAAUCAGUGGGACCACGGCUUCUCAGGAAGUCCCUGUACAUUCAAUCGGGAAGAAGCCGAGGGCACUCGCUAUGAAGAAAAGGAGGAGUUUUACGACAAUGCUCGAGGGCAAACCAUCGGUAUAUGCACCCAAUGCUCUGUUCUCACACUAUCUCUCGAGAAAAACCACGAGCGGCGUACAUACAUCGAAAGUCAAAAUAUGCUGCAAAUGGGGAAAAUUGGAGUCGGUGCUUAUGUGGAGCGCCCCAAUGACCCAUAUUGCGGCUUGCGUAUGUACUUGCGUCUAAUUGUCUACGACGGCACACCGGAAAGUCUGAAAUGUCCAACCGAUCACUGGGGUGAAGGGAAUGGGGAGGAAAGUAAAGACAAACCGUGUGUUGGAAGAUAUGGUGGACCAGUUGUAUUCUGGGCUAGCGGCAGAAAAGAAGUACUUGAGAGGUUGAGGAUGAUGGUGGAGACUGGCGAAUUCCGUGAAGAGAUAAAGACAAGUAAGUUGAUUGAAAACGAUGACAAGGACUUUGAUAAUGGUAAACUGAAGCUUGUGCGUGUGGAUAAGAUACUAAUGUGGUACCCAUGGAAUUUUACGCCUGGAGAGCCGUGGCGGGAGGGGGCAAACAACUUCUCUGAUGAUGAAAUAAUAGAUUAUGGUGACGAUGACUCUUCAUCCUCAUCUUGGAGUAGCCGUGUUCAUAUCUAUGAAUAUACUAGCUCGUAA